AUGCCCCAUUCCCCAUUCCGUGCAUUCCCCGUUCCCCAACACAAUCACGAAACAAGGAAAAUGCUGGUCAAAAGUUCGCCAUUUAUUGAUCCGCAAUUAGGCAUCCGCAAUCUGGCUCAUCUGCUGAAACAUCGAUAUCACAAUCACGUCCUUGCCCGCCAUUAUUUUCUGCCACUGCCGCACCUUCCUACCCUUCCUACCCUUCUUCCGCCGUCACCGGGUCUGUCCCUCAUCCGGCACAUCGGCAGCAGCUACCCACAAACCAACCCUCCCCACAAACCAUAUUGUGCUGCUGUCAUGGAUACCAUGGAACCAAUUUCAAUGAUUCCAAUUCCUGAUGGAUUCGUCAACGCAAUUAUGCGAGGAGUCCGCUCAGCACUUGCUUCGGUUUUCUGCGUCUCCGGUGCAUCAAAGCAAGGCAGCACCGCUGAAUCGCCUGAAUGCACCGCUGAAUCGCCGGAAUCGCCUGAGCCGCCCGUCAUGCUUGGCAACAAGCAAUUCAAACGCAAAGCGGAAUCGCCUGAACCGCCCGUCAUGCUUGGCAACAAGCAAUUCAAACGACCCCAUUUGGGUUUGGGCAAAACUAGACCCCAUUUGGGUUUGGGCAAUUACGAUACUGGUAGCCCAGUUCCGCAACGUACCCGACUCUACUGUCAAUCUACUCCUACUUCGACGGCCGGCCAGAAGCUUACCCGUGCCGACUCGAAACAGCUCCUGCAGGAACAACAGGACAACUUUAGAGCCAUGUUCGACAACUUUCUAUCAUCGCUUGGUGAUACCAUCGGUCCGCUCGUGAGGGAUAUCAUUCAGGAUGAACUACGUUCGCAAUUGGGCAGGACUCCGGUGGACCUCACCGACAUGACAGCCAGCACUUCAGCCACUUCAGCGGCACGACCAAAUGCAACCAAACCCGCCAGGAGAGUACCGAAGGGGCUCAAUCAGUUAGUCAAAGAGUUCCUCAACGGCUUUAUACCUGGGUAUUCAAGUCUCACACCCGCCAACGUGACCAAGUAUGGCGCUGGAAACACCAGGGCCAGGCAGCUGUUGACCGACCUCACCGAUCCUCAUCGAACGAGGCCACAGUUUGCGGCAGUAGAGGACGCCAUCUUGAGCUUCAUGGAAUAUGAGCCCCAGAUACACCAGCAUAGUCUCGCCAAAGUGACGGAGGAACUCCUCUCGGUCAUCCGCAACCGAAUCACCAAUAUGAAAGCUGGGCGAAUCAAGGCCUCAUCUACAAACAGGCAAUUGGUGCAGGAAUCGUAUAUAUUCCGUUGUGAAAACUUCUAUCCCCACUACUACCACAAGCGCUUGUGGGUCUUUACAAUGUUUUGUUUUUUCAUGCAUAUGGGAACGUUUAUGCAUCAAUAUAUGCGUAAAUAUACCCGCGGGCUGAUUAAACAGAAGCAGGAGAGUUUCAAUUAUACCCACAACAAUGCUUUCACUUCCCAUGCCACAUAUGUACACAUUCCUUUCAACGUCCGCGUCUCUAGCCUCUCUAUCCAUAUCAACCCAGCAGCCAUGGUCAGAUAUACCAUCACGCGACCUGUGGGUCGGUUGAAAAAUUUCAUUCAACGGCCCAAUGGGACAGCGGACGAGGACUGGGACAGUACCGUCAGGACCGUAGUAGAGGUGUUUCAAAGCCGUGCCAAGUUUGUGUCUGACACGGUCUUCUGUGCCUGGCAUUUACUUGGCAUCUAUCUGAGGAGUGAGGCGGAUACCUUCCUGGACCUUCUCAAUGACAAUCCCUCAGUCAUGCCACCAAAUACCGAUCAUCGUUAUCGGAAGGGGCUCACAUCAAUGUGCGUUGAUGCCUGUCGCAUCAUUGCAAUGGAUGGCAACCGGCAUAUGGAGGAUCAAAAUCUUUGGAACACCUACAUCCAAAAGCUCAAGCCCACCAUGAUGAGUGGGUAUCAAUUUCCUGAGGACGCCCUGCUCCCAAACCCACCUGUCCCAGGUGCCACCUUCAUCUUUUGCAACAAGGUCUUGCGUGUUCGCGGAGCUGAGGUUGGGGAUCGCUGGACAGAUCAUUUAUCACAAAUUACACUGGUCGCAUACACCCUGGCAGCGAAUUUCAAGACUCAUAUCAGGUACUCGAAGGGCAAAUCAAUCUUGUGA